ACUGCCGCAACGAGCUGUCUGCCCAGCGGAUGGGGGAGGAGACAGGCAAGUGCAAGUACCUCGCCGACGUGCUGGUGACCAGCCUCUGAAGGCAGAGGGACAGAGUCCGCGCGCUCCCGAGCCCCGUCCCCAGCCCGUCUCCAACUUCAUGAACCCACCUGCACCCACGUCUCACGCACUCCGCCGUCAGGCGGCCCUAUCCCCAGCCCGACGGCAGGGUGGGCCCCCGGGAAUCCGGGAAACCGGCGCGGAAAAGCCGGGGCAAACUCCACGGCCGUCGCCGGAACCCAAAGUGCAAGGGCUCCACUGCAGGGGGACGCGUGUUCGCGCAACACCUCCGUCACGUGACCUAACGGCCGCUUCCGGCGCCAGACAAGUAUGUGGCCGGCGUGCGGAGCGCUCCGGGCCUGGGCACUGCCCUUGGCGAGGUCCCCCAGGGUCCGGGCCUGCGGUGGGAUCAGGGGCGUCUCCUAUACUCAGGGCCAGAGCCCCGAGUCCCGCACACGCGAGUACUUUUAUUACGUGGAUCAUCAGGGCCAGCUUUUCCUGGAUGACUCCAAAAUGAAGAAUUUCAUCACCUGUUUCAAAGACCCACAGUUCCUGGUCACCUUCUUCUCCCGUCUGAGACGAAACCGCAGCGGGCGCUACGAGGCCUCUUUCCCCUUCCUCUCGCCCUGCGGCAGGGAGCGCAACUUCCUGCGCUGCGAGGACCAGCCAGUGGUCUUCACUCAUCUGCUGGCGGCGGGCCCCGGGGCCCCGCGCCUCUCCUACUGCGGCGGCGGGGAGGCCCUGGCCGUGCCCUUCGAGCCUGCGCGCCUGCUGCCCCUGGCCGCCAAUGGGCGCCUCUACCACCCCGCGCCAGAGCGCGCGGGCGGCGUGGGUCUGGUGCGCUCCGCCCUGGCCUUCGAGCUCAGUGCUUGCUUUGAGUACGCCCCCGGCGUGUCCGCGCUGCCCUCGCACGUUCGCUGGGAGGGCCGCCGCCUCGCCCUCACCAUGGACCUGGCCCCACUGCUUCUCGCCUCCCCGCAGCCCUAAGCGUCAGACGAACGGCUGCGGGCACCCCCGGACCCACCGCCCAUCCCGCGACCCCGCCGCUGCUCCCGCAUCUCCUGCCCACGUCGUUGCGCACGCGCCACUCGGAGAGCGCGCUGGCCCAGUGCGCGUGCGCAGCUGAGGGCCA